GUCGUCCACGCUCUCUUCUCCCCGCCCUGCGGGUCCCGGGCCCCGGGAGCGUUCGGUGUCUGGCGCCCGUGCGUGAUGACGCACACGCGCGCCAAGACGUGGGGACGCAGGCGGGCCGUAGAGAGUGUUCAGCUGCCUGUAUAUCUUCCCAGAUCCCUAAAACCUGACCACAUUUUCCCGUCACGGGGUUGAUAUCGAACCAUGCAGCGGAGACCAAGAGGAAUUAAUACUGGACUUAUUCUGCUCGUUUCUCAAAUCCUCCAUGUUGGGGUUAACAAUAUUCCACCUGUCACCCUAGCAACUCUGGCUGUCAACAUCUGGUUCUUCUUGAGUCCUCUGAAGCCACUAUUGGGCUCCUGCCUCAGUGUGGACACGUGUUAUCAGCAAAAGGACUGGCAACGCUUGCUGCUUUCUCCUUUUCACCAUGCAGAUGAUUGGCAUUUGUAUUUCAAUAUGGCUUCCAUGCUAUGGAAAGGAAUAAACUUGGAAAGGAGACUAGGAAGUAAAUGGUUUGCCUAUGUCAUCGUCACAUUCUCGCUGCUCACUGGGGUGGUGUACCUCUUGUUGGAAUUUGCUCUUGCCGAAGUGAUGAAUGAACCAGUCUUCAGAGCGAACUGUGCUGUGGGUUUCUCAGGAGUUUUGUUUGCUUUGAAAGUUCUUAACAACCAUUAUUGUCCCGGAGGCUUUGCCAACAUUUUGGGCUUUCCUGUACCCAACAGAUUUGCUUGUUGGGCAGAACUUCUGGCUAUUCAUUUCAUCUCGCCAGGGGCUUCCUUCGCUGGGCAUCUGGCCGGGAUUCUCGUCGGAUUGAUGUACACUCUUGGGCCUCUGAAGAAAAUCAUGGAAAUGUGUGCAGGCAAUUUUUCCUCCCAUGUUCAUCACCCAAGACAGCAGUACUACUUUAAUAGUUCAGGCUACUCCACGUAUCAGGAUUAUUACCCCCACGGCGGGCCAGCUUACUCUGAAGAAGUACCCAGGAACUAUGAUGCCUACACAGCAGGGCUGAGCGAGGAGGAGCAGCUUGAGAGAGCAUUAAGAGCCAGCCUCUGGGACCGCGGAAACAGCCACCUGGGCCCCUCGCCCUACGGGUUCCGUCUCUCUCCAGAAGAAGAAAUGAGGAGGCAGCGGCUUCGCAGUUUUUCUUCAUACACAUUUGACGAACUUGAAGCACACCAACUAUGCAGUUUUGUAUCCAGUCCCUAAUCCGAUUGAUCUGUGAGAGGCACUGACCUUGCUUACAAAUGAGCUAAGAAAACCCUUGAAUCCUGGGAGCGCUCUGACCUGCACAAUGACAGCUGGGCUCCGCGGGUUAAUUUAUAAUCAGCGUGAAGCUACAUAUGGCUUGUUUAUUAUAUGAAUUGUGUCUGUGAGUCUGAUAGCCUUAAACAUGUUAAAGUGUUCAAAUGUCACUUCUCUUGCUCCCAAACUCUAUGGAUCUGACUCUCAUUCUCCCUAUUAGCAAUAACCUCAUUCUUACAGACCGUCUUCUCCUAGCUCUUUGUAAAGGCAGUUCUAUGAUAACACUGGUGUGUUGCCCUGUUCUUGUUUGUGCACAUCUACUCAAAAACAUGUCUUCUGCACGGGGAGCGGGGAUUGUGAAGGGCUCUGGGAUGAGGGACUGGGUCUUAUCUUUCUGUACUGUCUCUCUCGCCCCUGCCACCACCCAGAGGCUGGUCCUGGCUCCUGGGAGGUACUCAUUGAAUGUUUUCCCACCAAAGUGCUCUUUCUGUUACACUGAAAGUCCAGCCACUGUGUAUGGAAGUGCUUUUCUUCAUUGCUGUUGAGUCUGAUAGCAGUGGCUCCUUCUUGUAUUUGUAUUAUCAAAUAGAUACCAAGACACUGGAAUCGGAUAUUGCAGGGUAGAAGUCCUAUAAUGCACACACCUUCUUUCUUUAUGGAAUGGAACACCAUUCAACUGUAGAGAUGUGGGAGAGGUCAUUUUAGUUAUAAACCAAUUACCUUAGCACAACAACGAAGAUAUUCUGAAAAUUAGGAUAAUUACUUUGUUGUUAAUAGACUGGCCUGUGACUAAUGCUUCUUAUUUUCAGUGUCCCUCUUAAUUUUUUUCCUGCAGUAAGGAACCCCCAGAAUUAUGUCAACACACUGGAAUGAGGUUGAGAAAGACAAACAAAAGCAAGUGUAGGAGAUGAAUUAUCUCUCAUAGAAGAUAAGCAAUUUAGGGCUGUUUUUAAGGUUUGGUGUGUAGUUUAGCCUGUAGUGAUCUCCUGAUUGUCUGUGAAGCAUCCGGUUGCCGUACUUUGGCUGUGGGCAGUCAGCCUAGGAGAGCUCUCAUGGCAGAGUCUGUCUGUGCUUCCCAAGAUGAGGGGAUGGCUACAGUUGCUUCCUUGCAAUGACCUCGAGCGCGUUCUUUGCCUGUGAUCCCUAAGUUGUACACACUAGUUAUAGCUCCCUCCAUCCUGGCCGCGGUGCAGGCCAGCAGUGAAUGGCAGGGUUUGGUGGGACCGGGGUCAGAGUGUCUACCUGACCCUUGUUCUGCCACUGGGGAGUGGAUGUAUGAGAGAUGAGACCCGCCACCCACAACGGACUGUAAGACCACAAGGUGUGGCAGUGCUGGUCUCCUUGUUCCCAGGCUUCUGUUUCUCCUGAGAAGUUCAGUAUUCAAUAGAGUUGUGUUCAAUUAGUCAUUUUUAUAAAACCUUCUAUAUACAGUUGUGCCUUUCCCUUCCCAUCGGGUAUUGCAGUCGUUGCCUGAUUUUUUUUUUCCCUCCUAGUCUUGUCUUGCAUUUUAGAAUCACAGUCUCUCUGCUUAGAGGACCUUAAAAUUUCUCAAUUCAUUGCUCUGCGAGACUUAAAAUACCUCUCCACUCGCUCUACAUCAUUCUGGCCGUUAAUCUUCCAAAAUGGACUCUUGUGAUGGCCAGUUGUCAUCUCAGUACCCUUUAUUAUCUCUUUGUUGCCAAAGCAUGAAGGUCAGGCUCCUCAGCCUUGACCGUGAGGCCCCAUCCAGCCUCUCGACCUCAUCCCCACUUAUCCAUAACAGAGUCUGCUCUCCCACUCACUGGUCUCCCUGUCUAAGGCAUGAGCUUACCCUGUGACCUCCCUGUGAUGUGCUUUUACGUAGGACAGUCUUUUCCUCUCGCUCAGCCCAUCCAGCCCUUCCCUGUCCUGCCCCCACAUACCGUAGCCCAGAUCCACUACUCUUGUUGGGCUGUGUUCACAGUCCUCUUGCAAUUUCUAGGUAUCCUGCAGUGAAAGAAUGUCUUUUCUCUCUAGACUGUAAGCCUCAUGAGGCAGGGACCAUGACCGUUUCUGUGUAUCACCUCACAGUACCUCCAACAGUGUCUGUAGCAUCAGAACCAAUAAAUGCCUGUGUUUUGAAACAGA